AUGACAACCCUAAGAUCAAACUUGCCAUCGAGGAUUCGUCAACUUCUGUCUGCCGACGGUGCUCUCGGGCCGUCCAUCAAACUCGACUCUGAGCCUCCUCCUAAGAUCAAAGCCUUUAUCAAUAAGGUGAUACAGUGUCCAUUACAAGAUAUAGCAAUACCUCUUUCCGGUUUCCGUUGGGAGUACAGUAAGGGUAAUUUUCACCAUUGGAGGCCGCUUUUUCUGCAUUUUGAUACAUAUUUCAAGACAUACUUGUCUUGUAGAAAUGACCUACUCUUGUCCGAUAAAAUCUUAGAAGAUGAUAGUCCAUUUCCAAAGCAUGCAGUACUACAAAUUUUGAGAGUGAUGCAAACAAUUUUAGAAAAUUGCCAUAACAAGAGUUCAUUUGAUGGCUUAGAGCAUUUCAAGCUCCUACUUGCAUCAACAGAUCCUGAGGUUCUUAUAGCUGCAUUGGAAACACUUUCUGCACUAGUGAAAAUAAACCCCUCCAAGCUGCACGCUAGUGGGAAGAUGAUUGGUUGCGGUUCUGUAAACACAUAUCUCCUGUCUUUGGCACAGGGCUGGGGAAGCAAGGAAGAGGGAUUGGGUUUAUAUUCAUGCGUCAUUGCAAACGAGACUACCCAAGAUGACGGGCUGAAUUUGUUCCCAUCUGAUGUAGAAAAUGAUUCUGACAAGUCUCAGUGUCGAAUGGGUUCUACACUCUAUUUUGAAGUGCAUGGGAAUGCCCAAAGUACAGUGGAAAGCUCCAGCAAUGUAAAUAAUUCUACCAGUUUGGGGGUUAUACAUAUGCCAGAUCUGCAUUUGCAGAAGGAGGAUGAUUUGAAGAUGAUGGAACGAUGUAUAGAGGAGUACAGGGUACCUUCUGAGCUCCGGUUCUCACUGCUGACGAGAAUCAGAUAUGCUCGUGCCUUCCGUUCUCCGAGAAUAUGUAGGCUGUACAGCAGGAUUUGCCUUCUUGCAUUUAUUGUGCUCGUUCAGUCUAGUGAUGCUCAUGAAGAACUUGUUUCCUUCUUUGCUAAUGAGCCAGAGUAUACUAAUGAACUAAUCAGAAUUGUCCGGUCUGAAGAAUCAGUUUCUGGAACCAUCAGAACCCAAGCAAUGCUUGCCUUGGGAGCUCAGCUAGCUGCAUAUUCAGCAUCUCAUGAGCGGGCACGAAUCUUGAGUGCAUCCAGUAUCAGUUUUGCGGGGGGCAAUCGUAUGAUACUCCUGAAUGUGCUCCAGAGAGCUGUUUUAUCACUUAAAAACUCCAACGAUCCAACUUCUCUUGCUUUUGUUGAAGCCCUUCUUCAGUUCUAUUUGCUCCAUGUGGUUUCAUCAUCAACUACGGGGAGUAAUGUUAGAGGGUCAGGCAUGGUUCCAACAUUCUUGCCUCUUUUGGAGGAUUCUGAUCCUUCGCACUUGCAUCUAGUCUGUUUUGCUGUCAAAACUCUACAAAAGCUUAUGGAUUACAGUAGUUCUGCCGUGUCUCUUUUUAAAGAGUUGGGGGGAGUUGAACUUUUGGCUCAGAGACUACAGAUAGAGGUACACCGGGUUAUUGGUUUGGCUGGCGAUAAUGAUAAUUCAAUGGUCAUUGGCGAAAGCUCAAGAUACAGUGAUGACCAGUUGUACUCACAGAAGAGGCUCAUUAAAGCUUCGUUGAAGGCACUUGGGUCUGCUACGUAUGCUGCUGGGAAUUCCACCAGAGCGCAACACUCCCAUGACAGUUCUUUACCUGCAACUCUUUCUCUGAUAUUUGCAAAUGUAGAAAAAUUUGGUGGUGACAUUUAUUACUCUGCUGUGACUGUUUUGAGUGAAACUAUCCACAAAGACCCAACUUGCUUUUCUGCUUUGCAUGAAAUGGGGCUUCCAGAUGCAUUUAUAUCUUCAGUUGUAGCAGGAGUUCAUCCAUCUGCGAAGGCUCUUACAUGUGUACCUAAUGGUCUUGGUGCUAUUUGUCUUAAUGCCAAAGGCUUGGAGGCUGUGAAGGAAAGGUCAGCAUUACGCUUUCUUGUUGACAUCUUCACCAGCAAGAAAUAUGUUGUGGCAAUGAAUGAAGCUAUUGUUCCUUUAGCAAAUGCAGUGGAAGAGCUUUUGCGCCAUGUAUCAUCGCUAAGAAGUACUGGUGUUGAUAUUAUCGUUGAAAUCAUUGAUAAAAUUGCUUCCUUCACUGAUAGCCACAGCACAGGGGCAGCCGGAAAGGCAAAUGGGAGUACUGCUAUGGAAAUGGAUUCUGAAGACAAAGAAAAUGAAGGUCAUUGCUGUUUGGUCAGUUCUGCUGAUUCAGCUGCAGAUGGGAUCAGUGAUGAGCAGUUCAUUCAAUUAUCCAUCUUUCAUUUGAUGGUACUAGUCCACAGAACAAUGGAGAAUUCCGAAACAUGUCGGUUGUUUGUUGAGAAGUCAGGAAUUGAUGCUUUGCUGAAGCUUCUAUUACAACCCACUAUUGUUCAAUCGUCUGAUGGGAUGUCGAUUGCUUUGCACAGUACCAUGGUUUUCAAGGGUUUUACUCAACAUCACUCUGCUGCACUUGCCCGUGCAUUCUGCUCCUCCCUCAGGGACCACCUAAAGAAAGCUUUGUCUGGAUUUGGGGCAGUUUCAGGGUCCUUUUUGUUGGAACCUAGGAUGGCCUUGGAUGGUGGAAUCUUUUCUUCUCUGUUUCUUGUUGAGUUCCUUUUAUUUAUUGCUGCCUCAAAGGACAAUCGCUGGGUAACGGCAUUGCUUACUGAAUUUGGAAAUGGUAGCAAGGAUGUUGUUGAAGAUAUAGGGCGUGUCCAUCGUGAAGUUUUGUGGCAGAUUGCUCUUCUAGAAGAUACCAAGUCUGAGGUGGUGGAUGACAGUGCUGGUUCUACUACCAAUGAGUCACCACAGUCAGAAACAAAUACAAGUGAAACUGAAGAGCACAGGUUCAACUCUUUUAGGCAGUUCCUUGAUCCACUUCUCAGAAGAAGGACAUCUGGGUGGAGCAUUGAAUCCCAGUUUCUAGACCUUAUUAGCCUAUAUCGUGACCUCGGUCGUGCCAGUUCUCAACAAAGAACACAUUCUGAUGGUCCUUCGAAUCUUCGGAUUGGAUCCAGUCAGCAAUUCCAUCCUUCUGGGUCUUCAGAUGCUGUUGGUCCUCUUAAUAGAAAGGAGCAUGACCAGCAGAGGUCCUAUUAUACUUCUUGCUGUGAUAUGGUAAGAUCACUUUCUUUUCACAUUACCCAUCUGUUUCAGGAGCUGGGGAAGGUCAUGUCGCUACCAUCUCGUCGACGGGAUGAUGUUGUGAAUGUUUCCCCUUCUGCAAAAUCGGUGGCUUCUACUUUUGCGUCCAUUGCAUUCGAUCACUUGAACUUUGAAGGGCAUGCAAAUUCUUCUGGAUCUGAGGCUUCCAUAUCGACUAAAUGUCGGUACUUUGGUAAAGUUAUUGAUUUCAUUGAUGUCAGUCUACUGGAGAGACCAGAUUCAUGUAAUGCCGUUUUGCUAAAUUGCUUAUAUGGACAUGGAGUUGUCCAGUCAGUUUUGAAAACAUUUGAAGCUACAAGUCAAUUGCUCUUCACAGUUAGGGCUCCUGCAUCUCCCAUGGAAACGGAUGAUGGGAAUGCAAAGCAGGAUGAAAGGGAAGAUACUGACCAUUCAUGGAUUUAUGGUCCUUUAGCUAGCUAUGGAAAACUUAUGGACCACCUGGUAACGUCUUCUUUCAUAUUAUCUCCUUUUACAAAACACUUGCUAGCACAACCCCUGGCAAAUGGAAAUAUUCCUUUUCCGCGCGAUGCUGAGACUUUUGUAAAGGUCCUCCAAUCUAUGGUGCUGAAGGCAAUUCUUCCUCUCUGGACUCAUCCCCAGUUUGUUGAUUGUAGUUAUGAUUUUAUUAGUGCUGUUAUUUCUAUAAUCAGACACAUAUACUCUGGGGUUGAAGUGAAGAAUGUUAGUAGUAGCUCCAGUGCCCGUAUUACUGGCCCGCCUCCUAAUGAGACAACCAUUUCAACAAUUGUAGAGAUGGGCUUUUCCAGGUCUAGGGCAGAAGAAGCUCUGAGGCAAGUUGGAUCAAAUAGUGUGGAGUUAGCUAUGGAGUGGCUGUUUUCCCAUCCAGAGGAGAUUCAAGAAGACGAUGAACUGGCUCGUGCACUUGCCAUGUCUUUGGGUAAUCCUGAAUCAGACACUAAGGAAGCUGGUGCAAAUGACAAUGCUCCGCAGCUUGAAGAGGAGAUGGUCCAACUUCCUCCUGUUGAAGAGUUGUUAUCUACAUGCACAAAGCUUCUGCAGAUGAAGGAACCUCUAGCUUUUCCAGUUCGAGACCUACUUGUGAUGAUAUGCUCCCAAAAUGAUGGGCAAUAUCGGCCUAACAUCAUCUCGUUCAUUGUUGAUCGGAUAAAAGAAUCUAGUUUGAUUUUUGACAGUGGAAACAGUACCUUGCUAUCUGCUCUUUUUCAUGUUCUUGCUUUAAUUCUUCAAGAAGACGCAGUUGCACGAGAAAUUGCCUCAAAGAAUGGUCUUGUGAAAGUUGCAUCGGAUCUACUCUCCCAAUGGGAUUCUGGUUCAGUUGGUAGGGAGAAACGUGAAGUUCCAAGGUGGGUAACAACAGCUUUUCUUGCUAUCGACCGGCUGUUGCAGGUGGAUCAAAAACUGAAUUCUGAAAUUGCAGAGCAGUUGAAGAAGGAUGGUGUCAGUAGCCAGCAAACAUCACUUAGCAUUGAUGAGGAUAAGCAAAAUAAGUUGCAGUCUGCAUUGGGAGUAUCUUCAAAGCAUAUAGAAGUAAAAGAUCAGAAGAGGCUUAUUGAGAUUGCUUGUUCUUGUAUCAGGAACCAGCUUCCUUCCGAAACAAUGCAUGCUGUUCUGCAGCUUUGCUCUACUCUCACCAAAACUCAUGCUGUUGCGGUUCAUUUUCUUGAUGCUGGGGGUUUAAGUUUAUUGCUUUCCUUGCCGACAAGUAGCCUCUUUCCUGGGUUUGACAAUAUUGCUGCUACCAUUAUCCGCCAUGUUCUUGAAGAUCCUCAAACUCUUCAGCAGGCAAUGGAAUUUGAGAUAAGGCACAACCUUGUGGCUGCUGCCAACAGGCAUUCCAAUGGUAGGGUUUCUCCCCGCAAUUUUCUAUCAAGUCUAAGUUCUGCCAUUUCUCGGGAUCCUGUGAUAUUUAUGCGUGCUGCUCAGUCUAUUUGUCAAGUUGACAUGGUUGGUGAAAGGCCUUACAUUGUUUUGCUGAAAGAUCGUGACAAAGAUAAAAGCAAAGAAAAGGAAAAGGAGAAGGAUAAAUCUUUGGACAAAGAAAAAACACUGAUGGCUGAUGGUAAAGCUGCUCUGGGUAAUUUAAAUUCAGUAGCUUCUGGAAUUGGACAUGGCAAGGUUCAUGAUUCAAAUUCAAAGAGUGCAAAAGUUCAUAGAAAGUAUCCCCAGAGUUUUGUGUGUGUGAUUGAGCUUCUUCUAGAUUCUGUGUGCACUUAUGUACCUCCUUCUAAAGAUAAUGCUGUCGUUGAUGUUCUCCAUGAUACACCAUCUUCAACUGACAUGGAAAUUGAUGUUGCUGCUAUUAAAGGGAAGGGAAAAGCUAUUGCCUCGGUGUCUGAAGAUAACGAAGCUGGUACCCAAGAGGCUCCUGCAUCUCUUGCAAAGGUUGUUUUUGUUUUGAAGCUUCUGACAGAGAUCUUAUUGAUGUAUGCUUCAUCUGCUCAUGUUCUGCUUCGGAAAGAUGCUGAAAUUGGUAGUUGCAGGGCCCCUAGUCAAAAGGGUCCUACUGCUGUAUGCACUGGUGGAAUAUUUCACCAUGUUCUUCAUAAGUUUCUUCCAUACUCACGCAGUGCCAAGAAGGAAAAGAAAGCAGAUGGUGAUUGGAGGCACAAAUUAGCAAGCAGGGCUAGCCAGUUUUUGGUUGCAUCAUGUGUUCGUUCUUCUGAGGCAAGGAAGAGAGUUUUUACCGAGAUCAGUUAUAUUUUUAAUGAUUUUGUUGACUCAUGCAAUGGUUUCCGGCCACCUGACAAUGAAAUACAAGCCUUUUGUGAUCUGCUUAAUGAUGUUCUGGCUGCUCGUACUCCUACGGGUUCAUACAUUUCUGCGGAAGCUUCUGCCACUUUUAUAGAUGCUGGUCUGGUCGGAUCAUUGACUCGAUGCCUCCAAGUGCUGGACCUGGACCAUGCUGACUCGCCUAAAGUUGUCACCGGUCUUCUCAAAGCUCUCGAGUUAGUAACCAAAGAACAUGUCCAUUCUGCUGACUCAAAUGCUGGUAAGGGUGACAAUUCUACAAAACCUCCUGAUCAUAAUCAAUCUGGAAUGGGAGAUACUAUUGGUGAGAGAUCCCAAUCUAUGGAAACACCAUCCCAGUCCCACCAUGAUUCUGCACCAGCCGAACACAUUGAGUCUUUUAAUGCGGUCCAGUCUUUUGGUGGUUCUGAAGCAGUCACAGAUGAUAUGGAACAUGACCAAGAUCUUGAUGGAGGUUUUGCUCCUGCUAAUGAAGACUACAUGAAUGAAAAUUCGGAGGAAACAAGGGGUCUUGAAAAUGGCAUUGAUACUAUGGGUAUAAGGUUUGAAAUACAGCCUCAUGAGCAAGAAAAUCUUGAUGACGACUCUGAUGAUGAUGAUGAGGAUAUGUCUGAGGAUGAUGGAGAUGAAGUAGAUGACGAUGAAGACGAGGACGAUGAGGAGCAUAAUGAUCUCGAAGAUGAAGUCCAUCACCUGCCACAUCCUGACACUGAUCAAGAUGAUCAUGAGAUGGACGAUGAUGAGUUUGAUGAGGAAGUAUUAGAGGAAGAUGAUGAAGAUGAAGAGGAUGAGGAGGAUGGAGUUAUACUGAGGCUGGAGGAAGGCAUAAAUGGGAUUAACGUUUUUGACCAUAUUGAGGUUUUUGGUAGAGAUCACGGUUUUCCCAAUGAAACACUUCAUGUGAUGCCGGUUGAGGUUUUUGGUUCUAGGCGUCAAGGGCGCACUACUUCUAUUUACAGUCUUCUGGGCAGAACGGGUGAGAAUGCAGCUCCAUCAAGGCAUCCUCUUCUGGUUGGACCUUUGUCGCUGUCGUCGGCCCCGCCUAGGCAAUCAGAUAAUGCCCGUGAUGCGGUCUUACCAGAUAUAAACUCAGAGGUCACAUCUUCAAGAUUGGAUAAUAUUUUCCGAUCACUGAGGAAUGGGCGCCAUGGACACCGCCUGAACUUGUGGAUGGAUGAUAACCAGCAAGGUGGUGGAUCAAAUGCAAGUGCAGUGCCACAUGGACUUGAGGAUUUGCUUGUGUCCCAAUUGAGGCGACCAACGCCUGACAAGCCUUCUGAAGAGAAUAAUACAAAAUCAGUGGAUUCUCAGAACAAAGGUGAAACUGUAGAGUUACAAGAAUCAGAAACAGAUGUAAGGCCUGAAAUGCCCGUUGAAAACAAUGUCAAUAUUGAAAGUGGAAAUUCGCCGCCUCCUGAUCCAAUUGAUAAUUCUGGCAAUGCUGAUCUGAGACCAACUACAGUGAGUGAGUCUGUACAAGCAAUGGACAUGUCUAGCAUGCAUCCACAGUCCGUUGAGAUGCAGUUUGAACACAAUGAUGCAGCUGUUCGGGAUGUAGAAGCUGUGAGCCAGGAAAGUAGUGGAAGUGGAGCAACUUUAGGGGAGAGCCUUCGUAGCCUUGAUGUUGAAAUUGGGAGUGCUGAUGGUCAUGAUGAUGGUGCAGAGAGGCAAGGUUCUGCUGAUAGAAUGCCACUAGGUGAUUCACAGGCAGCUCGAGGAAGAAGAACAAAUGUCUCUUUCGGGAAUUCUGCCACUGUCAGUGCAAGAGAUGUUUCUCUGCAUAGUGUAACUGAAGUUUCUGAGAAUUCUAGCCGGGAGGCAGAUCAGGAGGGUCCAGCAGCAGAACAGCAACUUAACAGUGACGCUGGUUCUGGGGCAAUUGAUCCUGCUUUCUUGGAUGCUCUUCCAGAGGAGUUGCGAGCUGAAGUUCUCUCAGCACAACAGGGUCAAGCAGCGCCACAGUCAAAUGCUGAGCCACAAAAUGCUGGAGAUAUUGAUCCGGAAUUCCUUGCUGCCCUUCCUCCUGAUAUCAGAGCAGAAGUUUUAGCCCAACAGCAAGCUCAAAGGCUACAUCAAUCUCAGGAACUGGAAGGUCAACCAGUUGAAAUGGACACGGUCUCAAUAAUUGCAACAUUUCCUUCAGAUUUGCGUGAAGAGGUUCUAUUAACUUCAUCUGAUGCUAUACUUGCCAAUCUUACACCUGCUCUAGUUGCGGAGGCAAACAUGUUACGUGAAAGAUUUGCCCAUCGUUAUAAUCGCACCUUGUUUGGCAUGUAUCCUAGAAACCGUAGGGGUGAGACUUCAAGACCGGGUGAAGGCAUUGGAUCUAGCCUGGAAAGAAUUGGGGGAAGCAUUGCCUCGCGUAGGUCUAUUGGUGCUAAGGUAGUUGAAGCUGAAGGAGCUCCCUUGGUUGACACAGAGGCUCUGCAUGCAAUGAUCCGUGUACUCCGCGUUUUUCAGCCUCUGUAUAAAGGCCAGCUGCAGAAGCUUCUGUUGAAUUUAUGUGCUCAUAAUGAAACCCGAAAUUCUCUUGUGAAAAUUCUCAUGGACAUGCUAAUGCUUGAUACAAGAAAGUCUGCUGAUCACUCAACUGCUGCUGAGCCCUCGUAUCGGCUUUAUGCUUGCCAGAGUAAUGUGAUUUGUUCACGUGCUCAAUCUGGUGUUCCUCCAUUGGUAUCUCGGCGGAUUCUCGAAACUCUGACUUAUUUGGCUCGACAUCAUCCUAAUGUGGCAAAGAUUUUGCUUAACCUGAGGUUGCCUCAUUCUGCCCUGCAAGAACCAGAUAAUAUCAAUCACACACGUGGCAAAGCUGUGAUGGUUGUUGAAGAGACUGGAUCAAAUAAAAGUCAUCAGGAAGGAUAUCUAUCUAUUGCUUUGCUUUUGAGCCUCUUGAAUCAACCCCUUUAUUUGUUCAGAAGUAUAGCUCAUCUUGAACAGCUUCUUAACUUAUUGGAGGUCAUCAUUGAUAAUGCUGAAAGCAAGUCGUCUGACAAACCGGGGGUUGGAGUUUCUGUUUCUGAGCAACCUUCUGCUCCUCAAAUUUCAGCUUCAGAUGCUGAGAUGAAUACAGAUUCUGGUGGGACUUCUGUUGUAGAUGGUACGCCAGAUAAGGUUGAUGAUUCCUCCAAACCAACUUCUGGUGCAAAUAACAAAUGCAAUACUGAAAGUGCUCUGCUUAACCUUCCGCAAGCAGAACUGCGCCUUCUAUGCUCACUGCUUGCACGAGAAGGGCUGUCAGAUAAUGCAUAUACUCUUGUAGCAGAGGUAAUGAAAAAGUUGGUGGCAAUAGUUCCUCCCCAUUCGAACCUGUUUAUUACUGAGCUGGCAGAUGCUGUUAGAAAUUUGACUAGAGUUGCUAUGAAUGAGUUGCACACGUUUGGUCAAACAGUGACAGCACUACUCAGUACCAUGUCUUCUGUUGGAGCUGCUAUUUUAAGAGUUCUGCAGGCAUUAAGUUCCCUUGUUGCCUCUUUGAUGGAGAAAGAGAAGGAUCCACAGAUUCUUGCAGAAAAGGAGCAUACUGUUUCUCUUUCUCAGGUUUGGGACAUCAAUGCGGCUUUGGAACCUUUGUGGCUUGAGCUGAGCACUUGCAUAAGUAAGAUAGAGAGCUAUUCAGAUUCUGCCCCUGAUUUGGCGGCUUCAUAUAAAGCUUCCACAUCUAAGCCAUCUGGUGUAAUUCCUCCACUGCCUGCCGGCACUCAGAACAUCUUGCCAUACAUAGAAUCUUUCUUUGUCGUGUGUGAGAAGUUGCAUCCUGGGCAGCCAGGCCCUGGCAAUGACUUUAGUGUUGCUGCGGUUUCUGAGGUUGAUGAUGCAAGUACAUCUGCUGGCCAGCAGAAAACCUCAGGUCCCACUUUGAAAAUUGAUGAAAAGCAUGUUGCUUUUUUGAAGUUCUCAGAGAAGCAUAGGAAAUUGUUAAAUGCUUUUAUCCGUCAAAAUCCUGGUUUGCUAGAAAAGUCUUUCUCACUUAUGCUGAAGGUUCCGCGAUUUAUUGAUUUUGACAACAAGCGGGCUCACUUCAGAUCGAAAAUAAAGCAUCAACAUGAUCAUCAUCACAGUCCUCUAAGAAUUUCAGUAAGAAGGGCAUACAUUCUUGAAGAUUCAUAUAAUCAGCUUCGCAUGCGAUCGACUGAGGAUUUGAAGGGGAGAUUGACAGUUCACUUUCAAGGAGAGGAAGGUAUUGAUGCAGGUGGACUUACAAGGGAAUGGUAUCAGUUGUUGUCCAGGGUUAUUUUUGACAAGGGGGCACUACUAUUUACAACUGUGGGCAAUGAAUCAACAUUUCAGCCGAAUCCCAACUCUGUUUACCAAACAGAACACCUUUCAUAUUUCAAGUUUGUUGGGCGAGUGGUUGGGAAAGCACUUUUCGAUGGCCAGUUAUUGGAUGUUCAUUUCACGCGAUCUUUCUACAAGCACAUUUUGGGGGCUAAGGUCACUUAUCAUGAUAUUGAGGCCAUUGAUCCUGAUUACUUUAAAAAUCUCAAGUGGAUGCUUGAGAAUGAUAUAAGCGAUGUGCUAGACCUUACUUUCAGCAUUGAUGCUGACGAGGAAAAGCUGAUACUAUAUGAAAGGACAGAAGUGACAGACUAUGAACUGAUUCCUGGUGGCCGGAACAUAAAAGUUACAGAGGAAAAUAAGCACCAAUAUGUUGAUUUAGUUGCGGAGCAUCGGUUAACAACUGCUAUUCGUCCUCAGAUAAAUGCAUUUUUGGAAGGAUUCACUGAAUUGAUUCCCAGAGAACUAAUAUCCAUUUUUAAUGACAAGGAAUUGGAACUACUGAUCAGUGGACUUCCAGAUAUUGAUUUGGAUGACAUGAGGGCAAAUACUGAAUAUUCUGGAUACAGCCCCGCAUCUCCUGUCAUACAGUGGUUCUGGGAGGUUGCCCAAGGUUUUAGCAAAGAGGAUAAAGCUCGUCUAUUGCAGUUUGUGACUGGCACCUCUAAGGUGCCUUUAGAAGGUUUUAGUGCACUUCAAGGGAUUUCAGGCUCACAAAAGUUUCAGAUACACAAGGCGUACGGCAGCGCUGAUCAUUUGCCAUCUGCACAUACUUGUUUCAACCAGUUGGAUUUACCUGAGUAUCCUUCUAAACAACAUCUUGAGGAGAGAUUGCUUCUUGCGAUUCACGAGGCCAAUGAAGGAUUUGGAUUUGGUUAAGAGUUUAGGGGGUUAUAAAGUGGUCACCAUGUAGAUAAUAUUAAAUGUUCAAAGUUAUAUCAUGGAAGGGUGUCAGUGGUAAAUGGGCUAAGAGAUGCUGAGUUUUUCUUGAUGCAUUAUAAACUGUACAGUCCUUUUUUUCUUUGCAAUGAAAGUGUCUUUGGCAGUUAUUUUUUGCCAAUUUGCUUUCACUCA